AUGGCAUCGACGACCAGGCUAGGCAUGCGAUGUGCCAGACAACUCUUCCAACCUGCCAGAAGAGUGGUACUGCGACCAGAACACAUCCGACAGAGCUCUCCGAUCGUGAGCCGCUUAGCACCAUUCACCACAACCACCAAGAAGAGCAUUCUACCACCAGGUCCACAGGUCGUUCAUGGAGGUGUCAAUGACCCUGCGCCAGUGCCAGAUCCUCAUCCUACGCAUGGCUCCUACCACUGGAUCGCCGAGCGUGGCAUCUCCGUCCUCCUCGUCCCUCUCACACUAGCUCCCUUCGCUGCUGGCACUCUCAACCCCACCAUGGACGCCAUCUUCUGUGGUGCUAUGCUCAUUCACUCGCACCUGGGCUUCCAGUCAAUAAUAACAGACUACGUCCCGCAAUGGCGUAUGCCAGGUGUUCGCAAGGCCUUUGACUACCUCCUCAUGCUCGCCACCCUCGUCGUCGGUAUCGGUCUCUACGAAUUCGAGACCAACGAUGUCGGUAUCACAGAAGCUGUCAAGAGGAUCUGGAGAGCAGGAAAGAACGACGCCACGAUCGAGAAAUCGAACUUGAGUGGUUUGGGCUACGAUGCAAAAGCUCUAAAAGGCCAGGCGUGA